GACGCUGCGAACGCGACGAACGCGAUCAACUCAACGGCAUGCCCUACAUGUGGCCUAUGUGACAGUCUGCGGCAAGACGCGACGUAACGCGCACUUGAUUUGAGUGCGACCAGAUGCGACAACACGAACUACAACGUAUGUGGAAUAGGAACUCAUUUGUGUAUUGGUAACUUUUUAGUAUUGUUUUCUAAACUGAGAAAUGUCAUGGCAGGGUUGUCAAGAUUUGAUAGGUUGUAAGAUUAGAAUAAACAAUACAGAAGUGUUUAUUUUUCAACAAGUGACCCACAUCGUACAUAUUGUAAUGGUUGAUUCAGAAGCGUUGAUCGCCGCAGUGCGUGAGCAAAGAUUGUUGUGGGACAAAAAACAUAAACAUUAUAGGAAUCGUUUAUUAGUACAAAGAAGUUGGAAGAAUGUUGCCGAAGCAGUAGAAUGCACAGCUGAUGAUGUAAAAAAGAAGUGGAAGAAUUUAAGAGAUUCGUAUAACAGAGAGCUUAAAAAAGUAGAAAAGCCAAGAUCGGGUUCGGACGCAGAUCAAAAUGGUCAAUAUCAAGGCGAUUGGCCACAUUUUGAAUCAAUGCAAUUUUUGAAGACAAUUUUGAAACCUCGUAAAACGACGAGUAAUAUUCAAAAUAACAUAUUAGAUGAAGAUGACAUUAUUGAUGAUGAUACAAUGAUGUCUAUUCUUUCUGAGCAAUCGGCAUACAAUACGCAAACCGAUGAAUCGCAGUUCAAUACAGAUGAUACCAAUUUGGAAACAAUUGAUGGCCCUACGGCACAGAUACUACAUGAUACCUCGACACCUGGACCGUCGUAUACCCCAUCGCGAGCUAUUGGAAUGUUGGCUAACCAAAAGGUACAAGAAGGUGGAGCAAAAAGUAUUGAAGAAACCUUAAUAACACUCGAACGAGAAAAGAUAGACCUAAUGAAGAAAAAUUUAAAUGAAGACGACGACGACUUGAACUGGUUCAAGUCUAUAAUGCCGUAUGUGAAAAAACUACCAUCUCUGAAUAAAUUAUUAUUUCGGACUAAGGUUCAAGAGAUGCUCAUCAACGAAAUAUCAAAACUGAAUACCCCAUCAAACACAGAAUCUUCAAUGACCCCUCAUUGA